GAAUUGAUCGACUACUGCGGGGACUGGGGGCGCUACUGGGACUGCCACAUCCAGGAGUGGGUCGCGCGCGGCUGUUAUUUGGGCGCCCUGGAGAUCCAGGAGUGGAUCGCGAUCGAGUUCGGCGGGGGUUCGGACAUCUUCCUGGGGCGCAUCCUCACGAGCGGCUAG